AAUGAUUUAGAUGACCCUGAAAGAGGAAUGAUUCUAGUUUGUAGUGCUACACACAAGACUAAGUCUAUGUUUUUCUUCUUGGUUCAGACUGAACAAGGUGAUGUUUUCAAAGUGACAUUAGAGACCAAUGAAGAGUUUGUUACAGAAAUUAGGUUGAAAUAUUUUGAUACUGUACCAGUAGCUUCUGCCAUGUGUGUUCUAAAAACUGGUUUUUUAUUUGUUGCAUCUGAGUUUGGUAACCAUUAUUUGUAUCAAAUUGCGAAUUUGGGYGAUGAUGAUGAUGAGCCAGAGUUUAGUUCAGCAAUGCCUCUAGAAGAAGGAGAUACAUUUUUUUUUGCUCCAAGGCUAUUGAGAAAUUUAGUAUUAGUUGAUGAAAUGGAUUCAUUGUCACCUAUUAUGGCGUGUCAAGUUGCCGAUUUAGAAAUUGACCAACAACUUACYAUUUUUAAUCAUUUUGGUUAA